ACCAGCGCAUGUGUCAUCUGUCAUUCGCCACAUACACGCUGGGUUGUGCUUCCAAGCAUUCUUCGCUUGUAUUUUGAGCUAUUUCUUGAUACGUGCAUUGUCAACGGGCUCACAAUGAGUGGCAAGAAGAUAGUGCUAGCCUACAGCGGUGGCUUGGACACCUCCUGUAUACUCGUCUGGCUGAAACAGAAAGGAUAUGAUGUCAUCUGCUAUAUGGCUGACGUAGGGCAAGAGGAGGAUUUCGACGAGGCGAGGACAAAGGCCCUGUCCCUCGGGGCGAGUAAGGUAUGCAUUCUGGACAUCAAGAAGGCGUUCGUGGAUGAGUUCAUCUGGCCAUGGGUUCACUCCAGCUCUUUGUACCAAGACAGAUACCCCAUGGGCACGGCGCUGGCCAGACCGUGUAUAGCAAGGGGUCUUGUGAAAGUAGCAGUGGAAAAUGGCGCAGAUUAUAUUUCCCAUGGUGCAACUGGAAAAGGAAAUGACCAAGUCCGGUUUGAAACGAGCUGUUAUGCAUUGCAUCCUACUAUAAAGGUAAUUGCCCCUUGGAAGAUCCCCGAGUUCUACGACAGAUUUCCCGGUCGACCUGAGCUAUUCGUCUUCGCCAAGGAGAACAACAUCCCGCUGCCUGUGACACCAAAAUCACCAUGGAGCAUGGAUGCUAAUCUAAUGCACAUCAGUUACGAGUCGGGUAUCUUAACAGACCCCGAAACAGUCGCUCCAGAAGGCAUUUUCCAGAUGACUACGGACCCCGAGAAGGCCCCCGACUACGCUGAAACACUGCAGAUAGAAUUUCAGAAAGGUGUGCCUGUAUGCGUGAAGAAUGUAUCCGACGGGACAGAUGUCACUGGCUCCCUGGAACUCUUUAAAUACCUUAACACGGUCGGCGGUCGCCACGGCAUUGGACGUAUUGACAUCGUCGAGGAUUCAACCAUUGGGCUCAAAUCUAGAGGACUUUACGAGACACCUGGAGGAAUGAUCAUUCACGAUGCUCAUGUUGAUAUAGAAAUCUACACGAUGGACCGGGAGGUGAGAAAGAUUAAGCGAAGUCUUGGUACCGCAUUUACGGAGCUUGUUUACCAAGGCAAGUGGUACAGUCCAGAGUGUCAGUUCAUCCGGGACUGUAUGGCGAAAAGUCAGGAAUGUGUCGAGGGGGUGGUGGACCUCAAAAUCUACAAGGGCGCCAUCUACAUAUUAGCUAGAACCUCUAAGAAAAGUCUCCACAACAAGGCGCUUGUUAGCCUCGACGAGCUUGGUGGCUACGUCCCGAGUGAUGCCUCUGGAUUCAUUAAGUUGAAUGCCCUACGACUGCAAGAAUACUGGAGGAAAAGAGGAUUCGAAAGUAACAUCAAAGGAACUGCAAAUGGAAAUGUUUAAGAUGGUGCCUAUUUGAACAUCAUCAAUUACGUAUAUUCAUUUAGGAGUACAAGCAAAGCCAAAGGCUGCAUUGGCGCAGUAUGAUAAGGAUGUUAUAAAAGCAUAAAGGACGAAUUGCUAGGUUAAAAUAGUUCCUUUUUCUGCAGCAUAAAAUGCAAUUCGUUUCAAAAAUGACUGCUAGAAUACUUUCUCCCCCCCCUGAAUUUUCCCUAAUUAUCAUGUUCAACAAGUUCCCCUUGAUUAACGUCUAAUUUGUAACAAUCCAGUUUUUGGUGUAGAGGCCUUAGGCUACUGGUUUCAAUUAAAGCAGUUGUUACCAAAAUAUAUUAGUGUCCUGUAUCAUGUAUACUGACUAUCAGGUCGGUCCAAUUUAUCACUCAAAAGGUUUUAAAUAACUGACCCCAACCAGGUUCUACCGUACGUCACACAUUCCAGUGUUUUAUGAAACACCUAUCAGAUGUUGGAUCUAUCCCUACACUGUGAAGUUGUCGAUUCUCAGAAAGUGCCACAAUAACAACUAUACAAGUGUUGACCACCUCCUUUGGCUCUAAUAAAAUCCAU